AUGAAUCACACCCAUCAACGGAAUCCGCGCUGGCCACCCCAUGCAAAAUUCCACAACGCGCAGACCAUUGGGCUCAGCACGGUUCUGGGCCUGGCGACGCUGUACCUGACCUGGUGGCCGCUUCUGCUGGGGCCGUCGCCCGCCAUCGACCGCUUCUCGCUGCGCCUGGCCGCCUUCACCGGCAGCGCCUACUGGCUCACCGGCCUGACCGCCAUCUACUUCCCCGAGACCGAAGGGCUCGACCCGGAGUUUGGCGGGCCCGGCUUCCCCCAGAGGCCCAUGUUCCUCGGCUUCAUGAUCGCGGGGCUGGCGGGUUCGUACCUGGAGCUUCGCUGA